AUUUUACGCGCCCUUAUCCCCCCCCCUCGUUUAAAAGUGAAUCAAAUCAAAUUUAUUUUUUUCUGUUUGAUAAACAUACAUCGAAUCCAACUUUAAUAUCAUUGAUAGUUAAAGUCAAUUGUGCCAAACUAAUAUGAGUGACAAUCAUAUAUUGGAUCAAUCCAUCAUCAAGGAUUUGUCUAAUCAAAUCUACGAAAAACGUAAGGCAACUGCGUUUCAGAUUGAGAGUUUGAUCAAGCCGGCAGUUGCCAACAUUGAUAGUCAAACCAUUUACAAAAUCAUUCUUGAAUUAACCGAAUUGACAACAGAAGGGACGACUAAUACUAAGAUGGGAGCCAUCACUGCAUUGGGAAGUGUUUCAAUCGCUUUAGGUACUCAUUUUAUUGCGUACUUUCUUGACGCCAUCAUUAAGCCCAUAUUUUCAACCUUUCGCGAUACUGAUGGAAGAGUAAGAUAUUAUGCUUGUGAAUCUCUUUAUAAUAUAGCUAAGAUUGCUCGUGGAGAAAUCUUGUUAUAUUUCAAUGAAGUGUUUGACAUUUUAUGUAUAUUGGUGACUGAUAACGAAUCGGCUGUUAAGAAUGCUGCUGAUAUUCUUGAUAGAUUAGUUAAGGAUAUUGUUAGUUCCAAAUCAACUGAUUAUGUUUCCAUUUUACAUCAAAGAGAUAGUUUAAGUGAUAUACGAACCCAUUUGGUUGAUGCUGAUGGUGUUGCCAUUCAAAUGAAUCAAGUUCAAGAAUCUGAAAAGGCAUUUUCAUUGCCUAAGUUUUUACCAACUUUAUUAGAAAGGAUGUACACUAUUGAUCCAUUUGCUAAGAAGUUUUUAAUUGGUUGGAUUGAAUUAUUUGAUGCUAUCCCAUCAUUGGAAUUAAUUACUUUCUUACCUAAUUUCUUGGAACCAUUGAUUAAAUUUAUAAGAAAUUCACCACCCGAUGUUAGAUUGGAUACUGAAAAUUUAUUAAAUAUAUUCUUAAAGGAAAUCAAAACUAUUCAUAAAGUAAAAGUUGUGGUUAAGAGAAAGCAGUUGCUUAAGGACAGACAGAAAAAAAUAGCAUUACAAUCAAUUGCAGAAAAAGAGAAAGAGUCAGAUGAUAAAGAAUCAGAAUUAGGAGAUAAGGAAGUGACUCCUGAUACCACAGUAAUUGACGAUGAUGAAUCUAUAAGAUCAGAAAGUACAACUAUUAUACGUAAACCUCAAUCUCAAAGUACUCGUCUGGAUUCUAAGCCUACCGAUGCUAACGAAAAAGAAGAUACUGAUCUAGGUGACAAUGAAGAGGAAGAAGAAGAAUACCUUAAUGGUCAAGAUAUAUUUGUUGAUUAUCCAAAACUAAUUGAUAUCACAUUAUCUUUCUUAAGAAGCUCUGAACGUAAAAAUCAUCAAAAGUGGAAUGAUUUAUCAACUGAUCCUCAUGAUGUGUAUUUAGAAAUUCAGUUUAUCUCAUUGAAGUGGCUUGUUGAGAUCUUAGAAAUAUCACCCGUGAGUUUCUUAAAAUUCUUACCAGAUUGUAUUGCUAUCAAUCUUGAAAGUAUAGCCAUAACCGAUGAAAACAAGGACUUUGAUUUAAGAAAUGGGUUCUUAAACUUCAAUUUAUCAUUACAAGACUUUUUAGUUAAAUUAAACGGUAGCAGGAUUGUGGAUCCAAAUGAUCUGACUCAAGAAAUAGAUGAUAAUCUAAUUUAUGGAUUAAAUAAGGAUGUUUAUGACGAAUUUGUUGAAUUUCAAUUACCAUCUAUAUUAGAAUCUAUCACUAACGAAUUUUCUACUUCAUCAAAUGAAUUAGCUAGAAUUGCUUCAUUAGAGUGGUUGAUCUUCUUAUAUACCAAUUAUGAACAAGGAUUCUUUAAGUUUAUUGAAGAUGGUCUGCAUAAAUUUGAUUUAGCAGAUUUAUUAAAAUCUUCUAAAGAGAAUAGUAAUGAAGUGAUUUAUAAGGUUUUACAAUUGGUAUCUAAAAUAUCCGAAUCUAACAAGGAUUUAUUCCGUGAUUUCGUUAUCAAUUUAGUUUCAUUUUUUGAACAAGAGUCAAAAGAUAAAUCGAAUACCCAAGCAGUCUCCAGAUCUAAAAUUGAAUUUAUUAUAAGAAAAUUAUGUCUUACUUUGAGUUCAGAGAAAAUCUUUAAGGCAUUCUCGGAAGUUUUGAUUUCGGUCGAUGAUAUUGAAUUCUUAAAUAGUAUGAUUGUGACGUUAAAUAAUAUAUUGUUAACUACUCAAGAAUUAUCAAGUUUCAGAAAGAAAUUAAAAAAUUUAGAUUCUUAUAAACCAGAGGAUUGGUCAUUAUUUUCAUCCUUAUUUCAAAGUUGGUGUCAUAAUGCUCCAAGUGCUUUAUCUUUAUGUUUAUUAACAUCGAAUUAUGAAUUGGCUUACUUGAUUAUUAAAAACAUAUCAGAGUUAGAAGUAACAUUCCAAUUAUUAACCCAAUUAGACGUGUUGGUACAAUUACUUGAAUCUCCAAUAUUCAUGAAGUUAAGAUUGCAACUUUUAGAACCAGAUAAAUAUCCAUACUUAUACAAGACAUUAUACGGGUUAUUAAUGAUACUACCACAAUCAUCAACAUUCAAUACUCUUAAGAAUAGAUUGGGAUCUGUGGCUCAAGUGAAUAACACUAAUGUUCUUAAUCAAACUGCUGCACCAAUUGCACCAUCAGUUGCAACACCAGGAGCUACUAGCAAUACUGCGGGAGCAACCAGUACUCAAUUAUCGAUGCGUAAAAAGAGAGUGUAUGAAAUGUUAGAGAGAUUCUCUAAAGUUCAAGAUAUUCAUGAAGAAGUUAUCCUUGAAAAGAGAUUUCGUGAUCCAUCACUUUUCAAAGAUUCAUCCCAUGAAAGUAGUAGUAUUAAUACUGCUAAUAAUAGUAUUAUUCAUAAAACCAAUGAACGAAUUACGAGUCAAGGUUCUACAUAUCCCGAAAACAAUGGUAACAAAAAAGAUUAUUUUGCUAUCCAUACUACUAGUGACGAUAAAAUAAUCAGUAAAAGAUCAAGUAGUAGUAGAUUAGGUUUAAAUAGAUAAGAAUAAAUAUAAUGUUUAGUUAGCCCAUAUUU